AUGGCCAAACCUCCUCCACUAGUUGUCAGGUUGAUUGGGAUAGGAAAAUACGAGUAUUACCCUUUUCUUGACGCAAAAGGGGACACCAAUGCCGACGACCUUUACAAUUUCCUUAACAAGGAAUACAAAGAUGGCAGAGAAUGCGACAUAAAGGUGGUCAAAGAUGCUACGAAAGAGGCGAUUCUGGCAGAGCUGAGAUCCCUUCGGGAACCAGUCGAUCGAACCAAGGGAAUAGUCGUUUUCUUUUCUAGUUACGGAGGCAGCACGGGCGAAGGCACCUCGAUAAUAUGUCCUACGGAUAUUGCAAGAACAGAGAAGAGUAAAGGUAUCACCGACAAAGAGCUUACGCAGUUAUUUGACUCAAUUGCCAAGUUCCGCGGGAAAAAUAUUACCUUUUUCCUGGAUGCCCCUUCUUUGGCCUUUGAUUGGGGAUGGCCAACCUCUGAGGGGUGGGCCCCUCCCUUGGCUUAG